CGCCAUAACGUUACCCUCAACGCGCGGGCGCGUUGCAGCACCAACUGGCACGCGACUGCGAUCUAUUCGACAGGGGUGCUGGUGAUACAUGUGCUCGGGCGAAACUCUAUAGCGUGACUUCGAUGCCUUUGCGCGAUGAUGCUCUUCCUGAUAACUCCUAUGGACGGCAUGUACUGACUUCCCAUCAUGGAUCCCGUCUCAGCCAUAGGCCUAGUGACCGAAGUGGCCUCGAUCAUCCAGACGCUUUACGACUACGGACAAGCCGUCAAAAAUGCUCAAAAAGACAUCAUCAGUCUCUGCGGAGAGCUGACUGCUUUGAAGAGCACGCUCGCGCUUUGUGCCGAGUACCGCAAUCAUGCUUCUCCGGGCGUCGAUGGCAGCGACUUCCAGAAGAUGCUUCUACGAACUCGUGAUAUACUAGGCGAUCUGGCGAAAGCAGCAAGGCCCAAAUCAUCUGGUCCUGGCCGAGUACUGCAAUCACUCUCAUGGCCUUUCACAGCUGCCACGGUGAAGGAGAAGCUGGUCGCGCUGGAGCGAUUGAAGACAUACUUUCUGAUGGCCUUUGCUCUGGAGAACAAGACAGCUUCGGAGAAACUUCAUGAGAAUAUGCAGGAUUUACUCACGCUCGUGACGGAGAAGCAGAUGGAGGAACGCCAGGCCGAGAGUACAAGCGAAAGGCGCAGACUGCUUGAUCUCAUCGCUCCGACGUCGCCUGAUUCAAUGCAUCAUAAUGCCUGCAGACCUUGGAGAGGGACAGCGACUGGAAUGUGGUUCUGCAAAGGCAAAUUGACGAAGUUCUUGGACCACGAAGAUCGUAUCCUACUACUCACCGGCCGCUCGGGAUCUGGCAAGACAACGAUCAUGUCUCGGGCGAUUGAAGAAGCGAAACUGUACUCGGAGCAGCAUCCAAACGUCUCAGUGGCAUAUUUCUAUUGUGCAUAUAACGAUUUAUCGACACGACAAGCUCGGAACAUUCUCGGCUCAUGGGUCGCACAACUGGCCGCCGAUAAUCAGAGCAUCCUCGACUCAUUUCCCCUGAAACUCGAGAGAAACACAGACAUCACGACAGAACAUCUCGAAGAAUGUCUUUUAGCAGCAAGCCGCGAACACCGCAUCGUCCUCCUCCUAGACGCAAUCAACGAAAGCACCCACGGCCCCGACCUAGUAACGAGCAUAUCACGACUCACGAAAGAAAGCUCAAAGAUCCAAUUCAUACUCUCCGCAACUCCACACUACCCACCCAUCCGCCAACAUCUCCACAUUCCAACCUUCAACGUCAGCAUGUCCCCCAAAGACAUAGAGCAAGACAUCGAACUCUACAUCCGCGACCAAAUCGCCCAGCACCGCGUGCUCUCCCGCGUGCCCGCGGAGGAAAUCGUCCGCGUCCUCCGGCCGAAAAGUGAAGGCAUGUUCCGCUGGGUGGAUUGCCAGCUGAGCUUCCUCACCGCGCAACUGACGCCCAAUGCUGUGCGCGCUGCGCUCCAAACUCUGCCGGGGAGUUUAGACAGCACUUACGAAGCGACUCUUCGACGCGUUGCGCCUCCGCACGCUGCGCUCGUUAAGCAGGCGCUCAUGUGGCUGAGUUUUUGUCUGCGACCUCUCCGGCUGAACGAAUUGUGCGAAGCGGUGCUCUUCGAAGAAGGCCAGAGAUCCAUCGACGAAGGCGACCGCAUGGACGAACCAGGCGACAUCGUGCGCAAAUGCAUCACCUACCUGCUCAUGGAUCCUUUUCGCCGCACCAGCGGUGGUGUCAAACAGCACCAAUACCGCCUCCUUGACUAUGUGAGUAAGCUCUGGGCAGUGCACGCCGGCUCAGUUACGUUAACCCCCGCCGAAACCAAUCUCAUCCUCUUCUUUUUCGAAACGCAAAGACAAAGAGAGGGAGGCAACUUCGCCUUCUGGAUCCAGCAUCUCGUACCCGGGGCGCAGCGACAUGACAACCCAACAGCCAAAUCCGAACCACUCUACUACGCCGCCUCUUAUGGCCUAACAGAUAUCGUGCGCAUCCUAGCUGAGAGUGGCCGUCUAACGACCAAUCCGCAUCCCCGCGCCGGUUCGGGGGAAUGGUACGUCGACAAGAAAGGAGGCAGACACGAUUCCACGGCGUUACAGGUUGCGUGCUGGCGCGGCCACGCGGAGAUUGUGGAGUUGUUGUUGGCUGCUGGCGCGAGUCCGAAUUCGAGGGAUGCAAGUGGGAUGAGUUGUGUUGGGGCUGCGAGGAAGGGUGGGCGGAAGAGGAUUGUGGGGAUGUUGGUUGAGGCUGGGGGGAAGGAGAGAGGUGAGGCUUCCAAGGGGUUGGCGGUAAGGAGGGUGGAGGAGCGCGUUCCUGACACAACAGGCGAGGGCAUGUAG